CCGGUGCGAGGCCCCCUCCGGAAGGUGAAGGGGAUGGAUUGGACUCCGCUGGGGAAAGCGGGUGUCUAGAAGUGGUGCUAAUGGGAAGAGAUUUCUGGUUUCAAAAGAGGAUGCUCUGCCACAAAGAGCGGCUCGCGCGCUGGCCUGGGCUCUAGCCGAGGAGAUCCCGGGAGAACUCCAGAGCUCGGGGGGAGCGCUCCUCGGAAGACCGGGGUCAACAUGCCUGUUCGCAGGGGGCAUGUGGCACCACAAAACACAUUUUUGGGGACCAUCAUACGGAAAUUUGAAGGGCAAAAUAAAAAAUUUAUCAUUGCAAAUGCCAGAGUGCAAAAUUGUGCCAUCAUCUACUGCAAUGAUGGGUUCUGCGAGAUGACUGGUUUCUCCAGGCCAGAUGUCAUGCAAAAGCCGUGCACCUGCGACUUUCUCCAUGGGCCUGAGACCAAGAGACAUGAUAUUGCCCAAAUUGCCCAGGCAUUGCUGGGGUCAGAGGAGAGGAAAGUGGAGGUCACCUACUAUCACAAAAAUGGGUCCACUUUCAUUUGUAACACUCACAUAAUUCCAGUGAAAAACCAAGAGGGCGUGGCUAUGAUGUUCAUCAUUAAUUUUGAAUAUGUGACAGAUGAAGAAAAUGCUGCCUCCCCAGAGAGGGUAAACCCAAUAUUACCAGUCAAAACUGUAAACCGGAAACUUUUUGGGUUCAAAUUCCCUGGUCUGAGAGUUCUCACUUACAGAAAGCAGUCCUUACCACAAGAAGACCCUGAUGUGGUUGUAAUCGAUUCAUCUAAACACAGUGAUGAUUCGGUAGCCAUGAAGCACUUCAAGUCUCCUACAAAAGAGAGCUGCAGCCCCUCGGAAGCAGAUGAUACAAAAGCCUUGAUACAGCCUAGCAAGUGUUCCCCCUUGGUGAAUAUAUCUGGACCUCUGGACCAUUCCUCUCCCAAAAGGCAAUGGGACCGACUCUACCCUGACAUGCUACAGUCAAGUACCCAGCUGACUCAUUCCAGAUCGAAGGAAAGCAUUUGUAGUAUACGGAGGGCUUCUUCAGUUCACGAUAUAGAAGGAUUCAGUGUACACCCCAAGAACAUAUUUAGAGACCGACAUGCCAGUGAAGACAAUGGUCGCAAUGUCAAAGGGCCUUUUAAUCAUAUCAAGUCAAGCCUCCUGGGAUCCACAUCAGAUUCAAAUCUCAACAAAUACAGCACCAUUAACAAGAUCCCACAGCUCACCCUGAAUUUUUCAGAUGUCAAAACCGAAAAAAAGAAUGCAUCCCCUCCUUCUUCAGAUAAAACCAUUAUUGCACCCAAGGUUAAAGAUCGAACACACAAUGUGACAGAGAAAGUCACCCAGGUUCUCUCUUUAGGAGCGGAUGUCCUACCAGAAUAUAAACUGCAGAGCCCACGCAUCAACAAGUUUACAAUAUUGCACUACAGCCCCUUCAAGGCUGUCUGGGAUUGGCUUAUUCUCCUCUUGGUCAUAUACACUGCUAUAUUCACGCCCUACUCUGCAGCCUUUCUCCUCAAUGAUAGAGAAGAACAGAAAAGACGAGAAUGUGGCUACUCUUGCAGCCCUUUGAAUGUGGUGGACUUGAUUGUGGAUAUUAUGUUUAUCAUAGAUAUUCUCAUAAACUUCAGAACAACGUAUGUAAAUCAGAAUGAAGAAGUGGUAAGUGAUCCAGCUAAAAUAGCAAUACACUACUUCAAAGGCUGGUUCUUGAUCGACAUGGUCGCAGCAAUUCCAUUUGACUUGCUGAUUUUUGGAUCUGGUUCUGAUGAGACAACAACAUUAAUUGGUCUUUUGAAGACAGCUCGACUCCUUCGUCUUGUGCGAGUGGCCCGGAAACUUGAUCGAUAUUCAGAAUAUGGCGCUGCUGUUCUAAUGCUCUUAAUGUGCAUAUUUGCCCUGAUAGCUCACUGGCUGGCUUGCAUUUGGUAUGCAAUUGGGAAUGUAGAAAGGCCCUACCUGACAGACAAAAUCGGAUGGUUGGAUUCCUUAGGACAACAAAUUGGGAAACGUUACAAUGACAGUGACUCAAGUUCUGGACCGUCCAUUAAAGACAAAUACGUCACAGCACUUUAUUUUACCUUCAGCAGUUUAACCAGUGUAGGAUUCGGGAAUGUGUCUCCUAAUACCAAUUCGGAGAAAAUCUUUUCAAUCUGUGUCAUGUUGAUUGGCUCACUAAUGUAUGCAAGCAUUUUUGGGAAUGUAUCUGCAAUUAUCCAAAGACUAUACUCGGGAACUGCCAGGUACCACAUGCAGAUGCUUCGAGUGAAAGAGUUCAUUCGCUUUCACCAAAUCCCCAACCCUCUGAGGCAACGGCUUGAAGAAUAUUUCCAGCACGCGUGGACAUACACCAAUGGCAUUGACAUGAACAUGGUCCUAAAGGGUUUUCCAGAAUGUUUACAAGCGGACAUUUGCCUACAUCUCAACCAGACUUUGCUGCAAAACUGCAAAGCCUUUCGGGGGGCAAGUAAAGGUUGCCUUAGAGCUUUGGCAAUGAAGUUCAAGACGACCCACGCACCUCCAGGAGACACCCUGGUUCACUGUGGGGAUGUCCUCACUGCACUUUAUUUCUUAUCCAGAGGCUCCAUUGAAAUCCUCAAAGAUGACAUUGUGGUAGCUAUUCUGGGAAAAAACGAUAUAUUUGGAGAAAUGGUUCAUCUUUAUGCUAAACCUGGAAAGUCUAACGCAGAUGUGAGAGCUCUCACAUACUGUGACUUGCAUAAGAUCCAGAGAGAAGACUUGUUAGAAGUUUUGGAUAUGUACCCUGAGUUUUCUGAUCAUUUUCUCACAAACCUAGAGUUGACUUUUAACCUAAGACAUGAAAGUGCAAAGGCUGAUCUCUUACUACGAUCACAGUCCGUGAAUGAUUCUGAAGGAGACAACUGUAAACUACGGAGAAGGAAAUUCUCAUUUGAUAGUGAGGGAGACAAAGAUUUUAGCAAAGGGAAGAGUGCAAAUGGUCCUGAAGACUCUGUAGAUACCAUAAGACAUUAUCAGAUUUCCAAGAAGCACUUUGAAGAGAAAAAAAGCAGAUCUUCAUCUUUCAUCUCCUCCAUUGAUGAUGAACAAAAGCCUCUCUUCUCAGGAAUAGCAGAUUCUCCUGCAGGAGUGGGGAAAGCAGCUGGACUCAAUUUUGAAGAAACAGUACCCACCUCAGGAAGAAUUCACAUAGAUAAAAGAAGUCACUCUUCCAAAGAAAUUGCCGACACAAGAAGCUGGGAACAUGCGCAGACUCAGGCUGACGAGUCAAGCCCCUCAGCGCUCCAGCGAGCUGCCUGGGGGAUCUCGGAAACCGAAAGUGACCUCACUUAUGGGGAAGUGGAGCAAAGAUUAGAUCUGCUUCAAGAACAACUUAACAGACUUGAAUCCCAAAUGACUGCCGACAUCCAGACCAUCUUACAGUUACUGCAAAAACAAACCACCGUGGUCCCCCCAGCCUACAGCAUGGUAACCGCUGGAGCAGAGUAUCAGAGGCCCCUCAUCCGCCUGAUGAGAACCAGCCAUCCUGUAGCAUCCAUCAAGACGGACAGAAGUUUCAGUCCUUCCUCGCAAUGUCCUGAAUUUCUAGACCUUGAAAAAUCUAAACUUAAAUCCAAAGAAUCCCUCUCAAGUGGGGUGCACCUGAACACAGCUUCAGAAGACAACUUGACUUCACUUUUAAAACAAGACAGUGAUCUCUCUUUAGAGCUUCACCCGCGGCAAAGAAAAACCUACCUUCAUCCAAUUAGGCAUCCUUCUUUGACAGAUUCAUCCCUAAGCACUGUAGGAAUCUUGGGUCUUCAUAGGCAUGUUUCUGAUCCUGGUCUUCCGGGGAAAUAAUCAUUUUGUACUAUUUACUCCACAUACAAUGUAAGUGCUUUUAAUGGCUGUUUUCCUUUUUUUGUAUUUAAAUCCUCUCUACUUGACUCAGGGGCUCACAAGGUACCAUUAUAUGCAAAAGUACUGUAUAUUUUCCUAAAUUGAAGCUUGUACGGUAAAACUAAGCAAUUAGGAUAUAAAUAUACAUAUGAACUCUUUUGUUCCAAAUGUUGAAACUGCCAGCAUCUCAAGGCAUCUUCUUCGUAUUAUUUUUUUAAAUCAUGUGCAUGUUAGGAAACUCCAGUUUCUCUUGCAUGGAGACUCCUACUUACUACUUUUACUACCCCAGUAUUUUGUUAUGAAAAUGCCUUCCAAGCAAGUAAGAAACCAAGGAAUAACAUUGUUCAUGGAUGCAAAUCAGGUGAUCCUCAACUCAUGGACGUUCCAGGGGGAGGAAGGGAACUUAGUCAUUUUGAGAACAGAUACCCUUCUGUAUGGAGAUGUUUAUAGUUAAUUACAUUCAUUUCACUGCACUUAAAAAAAUUCCAAAAAAUUCUAAAUCUCUGAUCGCGUAGGGAAUCAUCUCCAAAUACAUGAAUAUGGGCCGGCUUCAGUGAGGACAAAAAGGCCUUUCUAUUUAUGUUUCUGUCUCUGACUUUAUAUACAAACUACCUAAAAUAUUUCUCACUGGCACAUUUCCUUGAACAUUUAGAAACAAGUUUUUUCCUCAUUUUUCGUUUUCUUCUUCUUCUUUUUUUUUUUUUUUUGAGGGUAGGGGAGGGAGUCUUGUCAAGAACAGCUAAAGCAUGACUGACACAAGCUGAUAUCCUCUGAUUCAUAUUUUAGGGCUGUGCUGAACUGGAUCAAAAGAGUGGAUGCACAGAGUUCUUUUUAAAAAAAAAUGUGAAACUUAGCGGGUGUGCGUGGCAAAAUUAGCUUCCAUUAAGUAUAUGUUGUUCCAUGGUUUUCUUAUCCUAGCUGUGGAAAAUCAAUGUGUUUUUACCUGCUUGUAAAGGCAAUGAACACACCAGCAGUAAAAUUUCAGUUUCAUUUGGUUACUCAAAGACAUUUGCUAAUCAAAGAUUAAAUGCAUAUGUGUUAUUUAUGGACUGGGCUGAAUAUAUUUGGACCCCCGAAUAUCUGAACAUGCAAUGAAAUAUAUUUUAAUAUCUUCAACUGUUAGAUUUUUUUUUGGAAGGAGGAGGAUAUACAUGCCUCUCAUAAAAUCAGGAUACAGAAAAAAAAAAAAACUGCAAGAAUCUGAUUAGUCAAGUUUUAUUUUUCAGUUCAUUUGAGUACAAUUUAAACUUACUAUGGACUGAUCCAUUAUACCCUUUCCUUCUGGACAAAAUUUUGAAAUUUUUUGCGAGUUUCUUCAUUCUUUAAUGAUUUUUACACUCACAUGUAUUUUUAAAGAAAUAAUAUAUUUGUGCACAUUAUUAAAUGGAUUAAUUUCUAUCUCUCCAGGAUAGAAACGUAAUCUAUUGACUUACCUUUACCUUUGACACUAUUAGUUUCAAAUACAAGCAAUUCAUUUAAAUUUACAAAGCUAUUGCACUAUUCCAAAUAUGAUUAAAGUGACCUUAAGUUGUUCCCUAUAUAUUUUUAAAUGGUCACAUGUGUGAGAGGCAAUCUGUAGGCAUGAGCAAAUUCAUUUCCCUGCUAAAUGUUUGAAAAAACAAAACAAGUUUGUAUGGCAAAGUGACCAUGCCAUUCAAUAAAAUACAGAACAAGUUCAACCAGCUUCUCAAACCCUUUGGUGUUAAUGCAAUACAAAUUUAGGGACUAACCAAUGCUGUCCUUCCCUCAUUCAACAAACAUUUAUGAGUGCCUAGCAGGGGGAAAGAAAUGGCUAACUGAUUCAGAGGACUAUUUAGGGAUUUUAUGUCCAUAUUUAGGCACAUUUUUGCAGCUGCAACAAAUUUCAUAAGGAUUGCCAGCCUAAGCUCCAGGGAAAUUCAGAAUGAAUUCACCAGAGACUGUUCAUUUGUAGGGAGUGAAGAUGUGGCAGGUGAGGAAUUUAGAUCUGAUUGUUGAAUUAAUGAAUGCUUCAGCUGCGACACUGGUAUGACAUGCGUAAAAUUCAGCCUUCCACAUAAAGUCUAUAUACUUUAUAAAAACUGAGCAUGAAGGAAUGGGAAGAUAGGGAAGAGUGUAAAAGCAUCCCACUUUUUAAAUUUGGGCAUAACACAAACCAUCUUCCUCUUAAGUCCUUAACAUGAAGGAAUCGCUUGAUAUUACAGUCUAAGUCUCAGAGAAUUGGACAGGAUGAAGAAGGUCCCCUCUUACAGAAUAUCACUUUAACAAGAGCCUGAACAAUGUAAAGAUGUAGUGGGUUAGGCAGAGAUGUCAGAGGCUCCAUUGUUAAAAUGACUUAUGGAUAACCAAAGCAAUUCUCUUAAUUUACAAAAUCCAUCUCCUUGUCCCAGCCAGAGGUCUAAUGCCUAAAUCACGGUCACUUUCCCCACAGGCUGUAGCAAAUAACCUGAGCCUUCCAAUGUGGGGACUGUCCUGAGAGGCAGGGUUAACUGCCAUAGCCCAGUCAUAGUAGUAUGGCACUGUCUCUCCUUCUAGGGAAUUAGAAGCACUAACGUAACUCCUUUUGCUUUCCACCAAAAAAUAAAGGUUCCUAGUUCCCAGGCCUAAAUAAAAUGCCAUCUAAAAUCUGAAGUUUAUCUGAGUGAGAUGUUUUCCUGCUGUUAUUAACUGCUGGGCAGAGAGCUGGAAGUAUCAUUUUACCCUAUAGGGGAGUUUCAUAUUCUAAUGAGUUAAGGGAAGGAGGAAUGAAAAGUACUGAAGCAAUGUCCUUGCAGGAUUUAAAAAAAAUUUUUUUUUAAAGAUUUUUAUUUAUUUGUCAGAGCGAGCGCGAG